AUGGCCUCCCUCAGCGACAUCCUCCAUCCCGCUGAGGACGCUGCACCGCCUGCAGCACCUCCCGACCCACCACCGCCCGCCGAACAAGACCCAAUGCCUCCACGAAAGAAGGUCGACGACCCGGCUGAUGACGAUGCUGUCGCUACACCCAAGGCCGACAGCACCAAAGCUGCCGAGAACGGCGACGGCGACGAGCCAUUGUACACAUCCACAACGACCUCGACUCGACGGAAUGCUAGCGGCGCAACGUCGUCUGUCUACUCUGGCAACAAGAUACGGCAUUUGAAGAAAGAAGAUGGAAUUCCCCUCUGGCGGAAGGACAUACAGUUUGACUUCCUGGAGCUCGUCUUCCAUGACCAGACCAAAUGUUUCACCAAGUACAGCGACGGCACGAAUGGACAUACCUUUGCCGACAUUUACAUCGAUGCCAUGGCGAAGAGCAGCAAGUGCAGCAAGAUAUUGAAGGAGAAGCUGCUGCAGGAUCAAGAUGGUGCUAUUAGUAUGGCCAUGGUCUGUCUCUUGGUCAACGUGGGCCGCAUGAACACGACUUUGAACUUCUUCCCCGAGAUGCGCGCUCAGCUUCGAACAUACCACUCAAUCCCAGCCCUGCAAGCCCACCAAGACCCCAACGCUUACAAGCAGCUGCAAGAUGCGCCUCGCCUCAAAUCCAUCCUCAAAGGCGCAACAGAAGACGAACCUCAGCCAAGCACCAUGGAAGACAUCAGGGCCGCUUCCAUCCCGCGAACGAAUCCUGUCAAUCUCAUCUUCGUCAUGAGCCAGUACGCACCCAAGAUCAGCGAAGUGCAUUUCCCCGCCCCACGAGACUUCUUCGACCUGGUCAUGAGAUCGAGCUUGAGCAGUGCUAGCAGAGCCAAGGCUUUCUUGUGGCUGAUCUGGUGGUAUCUUGAGAGCGAUUUCAGUGCUGCAGACAGCCAGCGCAACCCAUUCGGCCCUGGACAGUAUGGAGAAGGGGAGGAAGAGACGGAUGUGUCACCAUUGAAGGUGCCGACUCUGGAAAGCCUUACCGAAGAACAGGCGGAGCAAGAGAAUGUCGACACGGAAGAGGAGAAGCUAUUUGGAGAGGUCAAAAGAAAGGAGCGCAUAUCCAUCUUGGCCAGUGAACCCAGUCCAGCCAUGACUGCUCUCAAGCGCGCUCGUAAGGAGAAAGGCUUGACAUCAGGACACGGCGUGCAUGCUAGUGACGAUGAGGGCAGUGAGGCUGGAUAUUACAGAGGCAUUCCUACAUCUGUUGGGAGGAGUGGCUUGCAGCAUGAGACAGGAAGUGAGUACACUCGCUCGCCUUCGCCAGCUGCAUCCCGUGCCUUCCAAGCCGUGAACACGAAGCCUGGUGGUGAUAUGCGCAUCAAUACCCUCCUCAACAACGACGAUCCGGGAGCAGACCGUUCUCCACCCCAUCAAGCGCCCCAAGCAGCUCCGCCUGUCAAGAAAGGGCCUGGUCGAGGCAACUGGCGACGACACAAGAAGGCGGAGAAUCAAGGACAAGCCAGCGGCGCACCACGCUCGUCUCAAGAUCAUGUCCCAUUACUUCCCAACACUGGUCAGUUGAGCUUCGUUAGUGACGGACCGCCAACGAUGACCCAGUCGGGCUUGAACAGCGGCAACAAGCUGGCGGCGGCGACUGGGAUGUCACCAGGAUCGAACCUUUCCUUCCAGACGCCAGCUACUCGAGACCAUGUACCGACACCAUCUUAUCAGGCACAGAAACGACACCGCGGCAUUACACAGCACCAGUCAGCGGUCAUCAACCACCGCAAGCUUCAGAUCGACUAUACCCUCGACAGGCAAGUACGAAAAGCGCAAAAUCGGGCUCGUGACAAGCGGGAAGCGGAGAGUCCAAUCUUGAGGGCUUGGAAGCGUAUACGAUACUUGCCGGCAGACUAUGAUUCGGAAGAAGAAUCAAUCAAGGUCCGCAAAGCCAAAGAUCGUUCAGAGAGGACCGAGGACGAUUGGCGAAGCUUCCGUGGAAAGGAGAACGACGAGUUCUUGGAGAAUGUGGAUCUCUGGCGUCGACCGAGGAUGCUGUAUGCCGGGUUUGCCAGGGUUAAUGGCGAACCAUCUGAUGUAGGAGAAGAGGCCAAGUCUCUUGCACAGUCGUUUCGUCGGUGCUCGAGGAGAAUAGAGAGGUGGGGCGACCUCAACCUUCCUGGUCAGACCAUGAUACGGCGGGCACAACUGGCGCGGGAAGGCAUGUUGAAGCCAAGUCGUCGAAGGAAUGUACCGACCAUCGAGCGGGAUGAGGAUGUCGGUGCUCCGUCGGAUUCACGUGCGAAGGUACGGCGACAGAGGAGUACGACUGGCAAAGCUGGACUCAAGGCGGAUCAGGAGGCCGAUGCGGAUGACGAUGACUAUGCGCAGGAGCUUGAUCAAGAAGACAGAGAACUGUUGGGAGAGGUUGAUGCUGAUGAGAGUGAUGGUUCUGAUGAAGAUGUUGAUAUGGAUGAUUGA